CGUCAAAUAAACCUUUAAUUUUCUUCAACGUCGGACUAGCACAACACCGCCUGUACGACACUUAUCAAUACACGGUUAGUCUUUUUCUCCGGCAGAGGGAAAUUAAAGAAACAGAACGGUGAGAAAUGUCGAUUCUGUGGGAGAAGAGCGAAACAUGGAGGUGGUUAGUCAGGAAGACAAGAGACUCAAAACCUUUCUUCUUCACCUUCGCCACUAUCUGCGGAGUCGUUCCUGGUGUCAUCGGCUAUUGUGUCAUGCAGGCCACCAACUCCCGCAACCCGGAGCUUGAGUCCCACCUCCGCCAGAACGCCCGCCCCGAAUCCUUGAUGAUGGGGAAGGUUAAUCAAGAGAGACUGGCGGAAUACCUCGGAGAGCUGCAGAGAAAGCAGGAUACAAAUGACCGAUAUGUUGCUGCUCUGAGAGGGGAGACCUUAACCAGGAACCCUUAUGUGAGAAUUCAACCAAUACCAAAGCAAGGCAACAUGGAAACUGCAAAUGAGCAGAUUGAAAAGGAUAAAAAGUAGUUCAGUAGCGGCAGAUUGGAAAGGUUAGAAAGAAGUUUGGUAGAUGGGUCUUGCCAGUAAAUAACAUUUUGUUUAUAUGGUGCCAGAGUAACAUGCACUCUCUGGACUUGAAUAUUGUUCCGUCAAUUUUUGAGUUUGUUUGAACUUUUACACUUACCUGUCUUCCACAAUUAACAAUUUCUUGAUAACUCGUGGAUGGUGGGCAUCAAUAAUAAUCAUGAUUCACUCUGCCGACCGUGAAUUUCAGUA